AUGUCGUUCGAUGUUCCGACUUCCACGUCCAGCGGCAAGUACAGCAUCCCCAAGCUACUUGCCGACAAAUCGAACUGGGUGCCGUUCAAGGAGCACUUCCUUACAGCAAUCGCCGCAAAGGGGCUUUCUCGUCACAUUGACGGCCAACCACAGCCUCCCCUCCCUCCCCCGACGGAUGCGCAGUACCUGGAGCUAGUCGAGAAGGCGUAUGAGAAAUACGAGGAAUGGGACCGCAAGCAGGCGGAGGUACGCACGAUCCUCUACGGAACCCUCCCCGAAGAUCUCUUCGUUGCGGUCAAUGCCCUCCGCCCUAUCUCCCUCAUGUGGAACGCCGUCAUCAAGGCUUGUGCCGAGAAAUCCGCCAUGUACGCCAACGCUAUUCGCGCGCGCAUGCUCCGAAUGCGCUGUGUGGAUGGUGGAGAUGUGCGCGAGCACCUUACAAGCCUCGCGCGCGAACGCCUCAACCUUGCAGCAGUCGGGACCAUCAUCCCCGACACAGACUACAUCGCGAUGGAGCGCGCAAUGGACCCCGACGACGUCGCUGUCCCCUCUUUCCAUUCCCCCCGCUUCGUCGACGUCUACGACAGUGGGGCCACGCGCCACAUCUCCCCGAACCGCGAACACUUUACGGAGUACAAGCCCCUCGACCGAGCUCACAGCGUCACCACCGCAAACGGCGCCGAAGCGCGUGCAGUAGGCGAAGGCACAAUGCGUGUC